UGAUUGUCUGUGAAUUGCAUUUGAUUUGCAUUUGGCACGAGUGCUACGAACACGUUUUUUCGUUUAUUUGUGACUUUCUAGUUUCUGUAAAUACUGUUAUUUAGCAGCCAAAUAAUGGCAAAACUCCAUAGUUACUAUGUGUUGUGUCCAUUGAUUGAUCAGAACAGUUUCUUAGGAGUGACACAGGAUCAGGACGAUGAAAAUGUUAUUGUUACUUUGGGGCGAAACGUCGUCAACAAAUAUCGACUUUCAGACCAGAAGCAAAUUGGCGGCUGGACUUCAAAAGACCACCUGACUUGUGCAGUGAUAUUUGAUAAGCAUCAAGGUGCUUAUGUUGGAGUAUUCAAUAAGAACACCAUUAAAAUAUGGAAAGACGAUUCUUGCAAAUUAGAUAAGAGUAAAAAGUUCAAGUUUUCAGUAAACAUCAUGAAGAUUAUACCAAGAAAUCAUCAACCACCUCUUAUUAUAUUCGAAAGCGGCAACUGCGCCUCUCUUCCUUACGCUCUAGAUAACAGAAAAACAUAUGAUAGCAAACUCCUCGUCAAAGACUCUGAAACUAUAGUGGAUACAGGAUAUUAUAAUAUAGAUAAGACAGAUUACAUUUGCUAUCUCAUUAAAAGCAAUAAAAGCAGCUAUGAUAUCAUGACAUGCCCUAUUAGAGAAGAGUUAGGUGAUAUGGAGAAGUCAAAACUGAAUAGAAUCAAAGUCACUAGAGCUGAGGGCAAUAAGGCUCACAUUGUUGGGGAACUUAUUGAUUCAGAUAAUAAUUUUACAAUUUAUUUUAUCUGGAGUGAUGCAAAAAUCACAGAAUAUAACUUGUUGAAGAAAUCAUGGAAAACCAUUGGUAAUGUACCUUGGAUAUCAACUGCUGCAAGUAUAUCCAUGGCUUGGAUGGGUGAACACCAUCUCAUAUUAUUCGGAAGCAACACUGAACAAGAUGGAGCAAUCUUAGUGGCUUAUAACAGUGUUCUGGGUGUUGGGUCCUACAAAUACCCAAUGAAAAUGUACUCAGAGAAUGCUAAAUUGUACUGUUUCAAUGGCAGGAUAAUCCUUGAAGCAUCUAAUCAUAUUGGGAUGUUGCCUUAUAUGGUGGAGGUUAACAGAAAUCUGUCAAGUCUCCUCGGAUCCCAUGAGAUUGCCCAAGAUGAUUUUACAGAAAUUGUCAACUGGGACACACCAGUAGAGCCUGCAUUUGUUUACCCUGUAGAGGUGAAAGACCUAUUAAAAUUUGGUUUAACAGAAAGGAAUAUGUGCUCUCAAGUUGUAGCAAAGUAUGUUGAGAAAGAUGAUAUUGAUAAUGUAAAUAGAGUUAUUAGAAACUUUGUAGAUGUCCCUGAGUCAGUUUUGGUUGUGCUGCUAAAUUAUGUUAUUAAAAAGAUAGAUCCCAGUAAAAUCAAUAUUACAAAUCAUGAAGAAUUCAUAAAAUUUUGCUGUCAUGAUAAUCAAUGUUUUGCUUUACUUCGAUAUCUGUUUGAGAUUGCUUUCAGUGAUGCCAUAUUAAUACCAUAUUUAAGGAAUCAUCUGUUACUAGAUAAUGCUUUGUUUUUAAUGACUUAUAUAACUUAUUUACUUGUUGAUUCUGAUAUUUUCAUCAAUCUGCACUAUGAAAGUAAACUUUUUGAUUGGUGUAUUCUACUUUUGGACUCUUUCUAUCAACAGAAUUUGUUCACUAAAGAUGAGAAAGUCUCAGAUGUUUUGAAUAAUGUACAGAAAGUAGUAGGAAACCUUAUACACCAACUGAUAGCAAUUGAUAGCACUUUACCCAUAUUACAUAAAAUUGCAUUUGGUACAUAUACUAAUUCAAAGGAUAGAAAAGCAUUGGCAUAUACAAUUGAGUUGGUGACAAUAUAAUAUUAUUGUGUUGAAAA